GAAAAUGCAUGUGCUCGGAUUACUGUUCGCCUUUUUAUCAACUCUGUGGACUGUAUAUGGGACACACCAAACUGAAGACGGAUACUCACAGUCUACUUCACGGACGUCCUUGUCUAAGCGGUCACCUGUAAAUCAUUUGCCUCCUUAUAUGAUGCAUCUUUAUAGGAGCUUUAAAUCGACAAGCCCGUCGGGGACUUUCAAAUCCGACCUUAAACCAGCAGCGAAAGUGGCCGAUACCGUCAGAAGUAUAAUUGCGAAAAGUUUUGAACGAGUGGGCAGCCGCUGGAUAGCAAACUUUGACUUGUCUUCGUUGCCCACUGACGAGGAGCUCCAAAUUGCAGAGUUUAGAGUUAAGGUACCCAGAUUCACAACUUCUGCAGACUUUACAGUGGAAAUCCACCACCAACACGAACAAUCCUGUAAGAAAAAUGACACUUGCCAAAACCAGCAACAAAUUUGUUUCUUCUCUGCCUCUUCAGCAAUCAAUUCAUCCACAAGCUGGAAAGUGUACAAUAUUACAGAUCUAUUUAUAAGUUGGUUUACCCUUGGACACACGAGCACCCCGGAUCAACAGAACGUAAAAAAAGACAGGUAUGUCCAAAGGAAUUCCCAACAGCCAUCCCAAAAUCGUCCAUUACCAGAAAGUCUUCAGGGUGCCCAUGCUAUAAACGACAGAGUCCUGCUUGUGAUCUUUUCUAAGGUAAAACCGAAAGAAGGUCCACCGGCUACUUCCAGCCUUCUCCGUACAGCCGAACAGUCCAAAUUCUUGCUUCCCGCGGAAGAUGAGGAAAUCAAACUACCAAAAAGGCACAAACGCAACAGGAAGCAAAGAGACCCUCCCAGGAAAAUACAGGGGAAAACCAUCAGCAAACCAUGUCACAAAGUGGACUUGCACGUAGAUUUUAAUCAGAUUGGAUGGGGCUCCUGGAUUGUAUUUCCCAAAAAAUACAACGCUUACCGGUGUGAGGGAGAGUGCCCUUCUCCCGUAGGAGAGGAUUUUAAUCCCACAAACCACGCAUAUAUGCAGAGUCUGCUCAAACAUUAUCAUCCGGACAAAGUACCUUCUCCAUGCUGUGUUCCUACCAAAAUGAGCCCAUUAAGCAUGCUCUACUAUGAAAAUGGUGAAGUGAUGCUUCGACACCAUGAGGACAUGAUAGUAGAGGAAUGUGGCUGCCACUAAGAAUUGAUAAAAAUAAGACCAUCUUUACCAGUGGUGAAUGACAUUUUGAAAUGAAUAUCAAAUCUGGCUAACAUCUCCAAAAGGCAAUUGAGCAGUAAAUUAAAAAGCUGAAAGAAGAGAGCUACAUUCCUCAACGGAGAUAUGGACAAAUAUUCUAUUUUAAA